AUGUCGGAAGAAGUUGAUUCCAAAAUUCCUGUGGUUGCUGUAGCUGAUAUUGCUAUUGCGGCAGCAACUCCAAUAGAGUCCUCGAGCGAAGCUACUGAUUCAGUUGGUGAUGAUAGACCAAAAUUUAAAAAGAGAAUAGGUGAUGAUGCACCACCUCCACCUGAAGGAAUGUCUAAGUCCAAAUGGAAGAAGAUAUGGAGAAGGCAACAAUUUGUUGAACAUAAGGAAGAAUAUGCUCAAAAACGCCGUGAGAAACGUAAGAGACAAAAACAAAAUAGAAGAAGUAUUAUUCAAGGUUUCAAGGACCGUGGUGAAGAGAUCCCAGCAGAAUAUAUUCGUCCCCCAAGAAAAAAUGUUAACCAAACUGCAGCUGGAUUUUCAAUAUUAUUGGAUUGUGGAUUUGAUGAUCUAAUGAAUGAAAAAGAAAUCUUAAGUUUAUCUAACCAAUUGACAAGAGCAUAUGCAGCUAACAGAAGAGCUGACCAUUAUGCGGAGAUGACUGUGACAAGUUUCAAUAAGAGACUAGAAGAAAGAUUUAAAGUGGGAUUAGUCGAUAGUUUACAUGAAACAUGGCCAAAUUUUAAAUUCGUAGCAGAUGAAACAUUGAUCACCGAAGGUGAUAAAAAUAAGAUGGUAUAUUUAACAGCUGAUACAGAAGAAACUUUGGAUACCAUUGAACCUGGAAUGACUUACAUUGUAGGUGGUAUUGUUGAUAAAAAUAGACACAAAGAAUUAUGCUUAAAUAAAGCAAAAAAUUUGGGAAUCCCAGUCAAGAAGCUCCCCAUCGAUGAAUUUAUUAAGAUUGACGGUAGACAAGUGCUCACCACAACACAUGUCGUACAAUUGAUGUUAAAAUAUUACGAUACACACGACUGGAAGGAAGCGUUUGAAAAUGUCUUACCUGCCAGAAAAAUUGGUCUUCCAUCCUUGAGUGAGUUGCCAGAUAGUGGGUCGGAGUCUGACGAUGAACACAGAGAAAUCCCAGCCGCUGCCAGGAUGGGUGAACAGUCCCUCAAAAAAGAUAUAUAA